UUGUACGUCUCUAUGACAACAGGACUGUUAAACCCUUUAGUGGAGCAGGGGAGAGAGAGGGACACUCACAGGAGAUUAUCUGGUGCUCCGGCCGGCUGUAUCACGAGAAUGUAGGCCAUUAAAACGAAUAACGAGUUCCCAUAUAAGAGGGUAUAAUACAUCUUUUUUUAUUUUUUGGAUUCUGAGUAAAAAGGAGACGCACAAGCAUCUGGUAGUGCCUAGAAACCAGGCUAUGUCUGUGUCUGUCACAUCACGCUGUCCUGUUGUAUCAGUAAGAUUCUACAAGCUGCAAUAAAUCUGCCAGUAACUCCAAUAACAAUGAGUCUGGUGCCAACGAGCACUAGGACCCAGGAGGAGUAUGAGGACGACUUUGAGAAGGACCUGGAUUGGCUGAUCAGUGAGGAGGGGACGAACGAUGGCCAGGAACCUGACUACGAGGACAUCGAGGCCGAAAUAGACAAGGAGCUGAAGGAGGAGGGGAAGGAGGAAGAGAAGAAGCGAGGGAGGAAGGAGGACAAGAAAAGCCCGAAGGAGGAGAAGUGGGCGAGCGAGUCAGAGAAGGCGGAGGAGGAGGAGAGGUGGCCCUCGCCUAUGGAACCUUUGGAGUUCGACUCCGACCGAGACAGUCCAUAUAAGGGCGGAUCGCCCGCAGCGCCGCCCCCUCCGGUGCUGGAAGACCAACCGGAAGAGGAGAAGAAGUACAUCCUGGAGAAGAUCCAGCUAGCCAAUCGGCAGCUGCAGGACCAGGAAGCGCCGGACAUGACUCGGCGCCGACGCCUUCACUUCAAAGAAACGCUAGUGGAUUUGGUGGUGGCGCCGCUGGACUACGAGAAAGACAGCAGCACCCCCCAAAAGACGGGGGUGGUAGAGCAGGUGAGCAGCACGGCCAGAGGCAAGGAAAUGGAGGUAGAGAGUGAAGUGUCAGGGAAGCUCUCUGAGCUGAAGAUCACCCCACGGGAAGGUGAAGGAGGAGGGCAGGGGAUCAAGGAUGGGGGUGGUGGUGGAGGUGGAGAGGCUGGCCAGAGUGGACCGGGGAAAGAGGGCAAAGUCCUGGUGGAGAAAGAUGGCAAGUUUGACCUUGUCAGCCUGAAGGAGGUGGAGAGCCGCGGCCUGAUGCUGCCACCUUUAGCGAGCUUCCCCAGCGACAACUCACGCUCGUCCUCCCGUCCAAGUGACCUGAGCCCGAACAAGACCCCCACAUCCUCGCCGCUGCGUCCCAUCUCUAGCACUAUGUCCAUAGGGAUCGAGCACCACCGCGCCCCCAGACCUCCGGCCCAGCCCAGGAACCGGCCCAACUCGGCCAGUCACAGCCAGAGGGGCAGCGGGGGGAGGGGCACCAAGCGCAGGGUGCAGUCGGCCAACAGUACCCCUUCCCAGCAGGCCACCUUCACUCUCUCGCCCCAACAGAAGGAGCUACUGAACAAAAUACAGGAGAGGAGAGAGAGGCUCGCCAGAGAGGAGGAGCAGAGGAAGAGGGAAGAGGAUGAGCAGAAGCGUCAGGAGAAUGAGCUGGCGUUCCGGGCAUGGCUGGUGAGGAAGAAGGAGCAGUUGCAGGAGGAGAAGAGGAUCUACAGAGCCCAGGAGAUGGAGAGAAGUAAUGGCAGGAGGGAGCACAGUGACCCAGACGAGGCCUUUAAGUCGUGGCUGCAGAGGAAACACGAACAACAGCAGAGAGACAGACAGCUGGAGGAGAUGAAGAGGCUGGAGGAGGAGAGUGGAUUCUACCUGCACAACCGAGAAGAGUGUGAACGAGCCUUCAAACUGUGGCUGAAGAAGAAGCGGGCAGAGAAGCGGGCGGAGCAGCAGGCGGCCAGAGAGCGCUCCCGCAGGCUGGUGUUUGAGGAGCGGCGCGCCCGGCGCAUGCAGGACCUCCUGUGCACCGUCAACGAGACCAAGCCUUUCCGCUUCACCGAGCACCUGGCGUACCGCUUCUGAGCGGCUUCUGAACCCACCAUUCGCAACAUCAUACCUCGAGAGGGAAUAGUCGAGAUCUGAGCAAAGCUAAGGGUACGGGUACACAGAGACACAUGAACACGGAUGAAAUUGUAUAUGACUUAGGGCCUACAUAGUUGUCUAUUUUUAGCUCUAUAAAAGUACAACUAAUCUUCACUUUUUCAUAAGGGUUUCAUAAGGAAAAAAUACUUUUUUGGAGGGAUAAUCAGCUCCGUUGUCAUUCAUCCUGCAUUGGAUGACUCCCAUUGAAAAAGCAUCUUCUCCACCCGAAACCCCCCCCCGAAAUCUCAGUGUGGGAGAGGGGAAUCACCAAAGAAAUCUAGGCUCCGUUCCAGUAUAAACUAGCAUACAACUUAAAAUGAGGCAUUUGUACUGAACGUGAAUCUUUAGAUGGAAUCAGCACUGAGACUACUGUCGAGAGAAGGGCUUUAUUUUCUACCUUUUCAUUUGUCGCAGAUGAUCCGUUUAGGACCUCCGACGUUCUGUUUUCUUCGACGUUACUUCAUAAAACAUGCACAAGUCCUAAGGGUUUCGAAUUGAUCAGGCGUCGGUGAUCUAUCCCGUGCUCACUGUGUACAGUAUAUCAAGAGAUUAUUUGAUCGAAUGAAUAAUUAUAACCAAGGUGACUGGUUCAAUAGCUGUGUGACAACAAAUAUAUAUAUACAGAAUGUGAUUAUAGGCCUACUGGCACUUGUUCUCUACGUUGUCAACAGCCUCCUCUCUGUUGCUGAUGCACUUUAACCUAGCCUACUAGAAAACAUUGAGCUCACAAAUGCCUGCAGUGCUAGUAGGUAGUCUCGGUGUGGGUAGCCAUAUUGCCACUGUUACCAUAAUGCCUUUAUAAAUCGUUUGUCACUGAGUGUUUUAAAGUUUAUUCUUAAAUCUG